AUGUCGAUUUCCGAGACGACUCGGAGCUCUCCCCAAUGUGGCCAUCAUGGUUUUACCGAGUUGAAUUGGUUGUCUAACGAAGCUCCCUCUGCUAACUCUCCCCUGACAUGGCUUGACGCCUGCGAUUCCCCCUUCGCCGGACGGGUGGGAGGCAAUCAGGUUUUUGUGAUCGAUCGCCGGGAUCCGCGCAAUGACAAGGACUUUCUGAAGGUGCCCGAAGCAGCCCCAUGGAUGACACUAGGAGAAACCUUUGAUCCGGGCGGGUUUCGGAGACUCGAUUUGUGGAAGUUUGCCUGUCUAGAAUGCAUCGGAGCCAUGAUGAAUGUCUUUAUCUCCGGCGGGGUCACCCUAUAUGCUCCCGCCGCCGUCGAGGCCCCAAAAACCGAAGUCGGGAUCUACCAUAUCCUCACCUUCUUUUUGCCCUUGUUCGGCGGCAUCGCAAAUCUGGUACUGACCCCGUUGCUCAUCUAUACCUUUACCCCAUCAAGUGGCUGUCAUGUGAGUCCAACCAUCACUCUGGCGACGUUUUUCGCUCGCAUCAUCUCGUUUCCCCGUGCCGUGCUGUAUACAGCCAGCCAAACCCAGCGAGGCGCGCUGGCAGGAUUUGGCAUCCACACAGCCUACGGAUCCCGCGCCUUCACUGUGGGAGGUUGCUAUGUGGACACAUCGUUGGUGCCGGUAGAUGCCGCCCUCGUCAUCGAGUUCUUUUCCUGCUUGAUCCAAAUUUUCCUCGCAUUCGGAGAGGCCUUGGAUCCUCGGCAGGCCAAGAUCUUCGAACAUGCCACUGGACCAGGGUUAGUCGGGGUGGCGCUGGGAGUAGUCUGUUGGGCGACCGCCUUCACGCGGCCGGGCUAUAGUAGAACGAGUCUCAAUCCAGUACGCUGUUUUGGUGCUUACGUCGCCUCGGAGCUUCCCAGCUAUCAUUGGAUCCAUUGGGUCGGCCCCCUUGCAGCAGCGGCGGCGGCCCAUGGCUUUGUGUAUUUCAUCGAUCCUCUCUGGACUAAUCAGAGACAGGAUACAUAG